AUGUCCACAGAGGAUGUUUCCCUGCUUCAGUUCAUAGAUCUUUCUCAGCUGCAUUGUCUCAAUGAAUCCACCAAACAUACUUUCGCCUCCAUUGUGUCUUCCAAAGCGCUGAACUCGUCGUCGAAUUAUUUGGAGAGCGAUGAGGGCGAUCCUGAACUGUUGCUCAAUAUCCAAUUCCACCAAACCGUCCGCGUGCGAUCUAUUGUGUUUAAGGCGACAGGCGAGCAGGCACCGAAGAAAGUGAAGCUUCUGGUCAACCGCAUGGCUGUCGGGUUUGAGGAUGUCGCGGAGGAUGCUUCGGCUGCCCAAAUAUUAGAGCUUUCGGCUGACGAUGUUGCCAACGGCCGGCCGACAACACUUCGCUUUGUGCGCUUCCAAUCUGUGAACAGUAUUCACAUCUUCAUUGCCUCUAACCAAGGAGAUGCUGACGAGACCAGGCUCGACGGACUCGAUAUUCUGGGGGUUCCAGUGGAAACCACCAAAGAUUUGAGCGGAUUGAAGAAGCAAGAGGAACACUGA